AGUUUGGUCAAAUGUACACCUGUCACUUCUGGGAUAAUAACCUCAGCACCAAGUGUAGCAUCACCUCAAUUUAUGGCAAACACACUGGAAGUCAGAGAAAGGAACUAUGGAAGGACAUCUCUGAUAAUGUUAUCAGUGAUCACCUUUGGAUUGUAGGGGGUGACUUUAACACUAUUUGCUCCCUUGAGGAGCACCAAGGCCUAACCACCCCCACCCUGGCAGACAUUACAGACUUCAAAGACUGCAUUGAAGCCAUCCCACUCAUUUGCCCAACCUUUGAAGGAGGUAUCUUCACCUGGAGUGGGGUGAGGAGUAGGGGAAGAAUUUGGAGAAGAUUAGACAGGGCUUUGGUUAACCCUCUCACUAUGAACCAUUUCCCUGAACUUAACAUGAAACAUCUGAGCAAAACCUCCUCCGACCAUAAGCCUAUUUUGCUGCAAUGCCAACUAGAGGACUUCAAAGGAGCAAAACCAUUCCGAUGCCAAGACUUCUGGUUCUCCCACAUCAACUUCCUCAAGGUAGUCAAAGUUAACUGGACCCAGCAGCCCAUGAUAGGAGGAAUGAGGGGACUGGUUAUUAAACUCAAAGGGCUCAAGGCUACACUUAAAAACUGGAGCAGGGAACCAUUUGGUGACAUCUUUGAAGCUGUAAAGGAAGCAGAAUGUAAAGCAAUGAAGGCACAAGAAGAGUAUGAACAUAAUCCAGUUGAUAUCUUGAGAUCCAUAGCCAACAAAGCUCAAGCUGAUCUAAUUGUAGCCACUAACAGAGAAACCCUCUUUUGGAAACAGAAAGCUAAUAUUAAAUGGAUGGAAUUAGGGGAUCAGAAUUCUUCCUUUUUCCACUCUUAUGUCAAGAGCAGAAGAAGCAACCUCAAGAUCAGAAGCAUUACAGAUGGCAAUGGAAGGAAAAAAAUGGAGGUAGAGGAGAUUCGAAAGGCAGCAGAGGAUUACUUUAAACAGUGUAAGAAGGAACCUUUGGGAGGCCUUAAGCCAUUCAGGUUUCUAGAUGCCUGGCUAAACCAUCCUACUUUCCUUAAAGUGGUUACAGACUCCUGGGAUAAAACUAAUCAACAUGGAGGCAUGGAAGGACUGGCUAGAAAACUCAAAGAGCUUAAAGGACAUAUCAAGGAGCGGAACACCAAAACAUUUGGUAAUAUUUUCAGUAAAUUAAAGGGGGCAGAGCAAACAGCAAUUCAAGCACAGGAAAAUUUUGAAAAAGAUCCUAGUCCUGCAAAUAGAGAACAGGAGAAUAAAGCUAAAGCUCAACUAAUCCUAGCUACAGAUUAUGAACUCAGCUAUUGGAAGCAAAAAGCCAAUAUCAAGUGGAUGGAGGAAGGAGAUUGCAACUCCAAGUUUUUCCAUGCAUUUGUCAAGGGUAGGAGAGCUAAAAACCAAAUCAGAAGGAUUGUGGACAUCCAAGGGAAAGAGCACACAGAUAGAGAGGUUAUUCAUAAUAUGGCUAUUGACUACUACAACAAUCUCUUCAACUCUAAGAAAGAUAUUGUUACUACUCCUGUUCUUGAUUACCUGGAGACAGUGAUUACACAAGAGGACAAUGCCAAGCUCAGCAAAAUACCAACAGCAGAGGAGAUUAGGGAGGCAGUGUGGAGUAUUAAUCCUAAUAGUGCUCCUGGCCCGGAUGGGUUCAAUGGAUCCUUCUUUAGGGCAGCAUGGCAUAUUAUUCAAAAUGAUGUGAUAAGUGCUACACAGGAGUUUUUCAUUGGGAUCAAUCUGCCAAAGAGUUAUGGUAGUACUUUUCUAUCCUUGAUCCCUAAGAUUGAUAAUCCUAAGAGCUUUGGAGACUAUAGGCCCAUUUCACUCUCCACCUUCAUGAGUAAAGUAAACACUAGAAUACUUGCAGACAGGAUUCAACAGUUGCUACCCAAGAUUAUUUCUUCAGAGCAGACUGGCUUCCAAACAGGGAUGGGGGUUGACGAACAAAUACUUUUGGUGGAAGAGAUGGUUCACAAGAUUGAUUCUAAGAUCAGAGGAGGCAAUGUCAUUAUCAAAUUAGAUAUGGCCAAGGCUUUUGACAACUUGGAGUGGGACUACAUACAGGGGAUCUUAAAGAAACUUGGGUUUUCAGAACACAAUCAGGGACUUCUCCUAGCUAACCUCAGGGGUACACACAUCUCCAUAAUGAUUAAUGGGAGCCCUAAAGCUGAGAGCUCUGUUAGGGACUUACCUCAAUGGCUCUGGUCAGGAGAUUAAUCUCAGCAAGAGCAAGUUUUAUUGUGGGAAGGGAAUAAAGCAAAGAAAUAUUGUCAAGAUGGAACACAUAUUAAAGAUGAAGUUCA